CCCCUGUAUCACUGGGCGACUCGGUAGCACUAAACUCAACUCCAUUGCAUCACAGAGUCAACUCCGUCGCCUCAUAUUCCAAGUGUCAGCAUUAUCUUCUUCUUCUUCUUCUUCUUCUUCUGUAUCGGAAGCUUUCUUCGAUCUUCCUCUUGCGGUUUCGUUUCUAAUCGUAGAUUUUUUUUUCUGUUCCUUUUCGAAGGUUUUUGUCGAUUCAAAGUAGAUAGAUCGGAAUUAGGCAAAAUAGAUUUGAUAAAUCUAGUUGCUGUUGUGGAAGAUUCGCUUAGAUUUUAAGUUUCCGAAUCGAGAUUUUGUUGUGCUGUUCAGGUAGCGGAACCAGUUAUGUUAGGAAUCGUCGCAUAGAGUAUAAACCCUAAUUUUGGAGGCCCUGUGUGUAGUGGUGCAAUUGAGUAAUUAGAUAUGGAAACCCAAUUUUUUAUGGAAGCAAAUGUUGAAAAAUCAAGUAGUGAUGGUGAGUGGACAGUGGUUUUGCCUAGUAAAGGAAGAAGACAGGGGAGAAGAAAACCGAAACCUAAAGUGCAAGAAGAAGAAGAAGAAGAAGAAGAAGAAGAGCAACCAUGGCAAUCGGAUGAUCUUGAAGUUGAUCCAGAGAGGCAAUCAAGACUAAAGCAGAAGAUGGAAAUCUCUAUGAAGAAAAUCGAAAGCUCAAAGUUUUACACAACAUUCUUGGAGCAGCUCAAGUCUGCAGAGGUUUCAGACCAGUUUCGUCUCGUGUUAGGCACUGAAACACGGCUCCAGGUGGUGAUGUAUGGUAUAGGAAGCAUCGAGUCUUAUGAAUCUCCAAGGUUUCAGCUGAGCAUUGCAAUCUUGAUGAAGAAAGAGUUUGAUUGGAUAGGUAACAUAGAAGUGUUCGAUCCAGUCCUGUCGGCGACUGAAUCUAGUGUUCUACAAUCUCUAGGAUGCACUGUUCUAUCUAUGAACGAGCAAGCUCGCAGGGAAGCCUUAAAGCCUACUCUUUUCUUCAUGCCACACUGUGAGGCCAAUCUGUACAACAACCUAUUGCAAGCAAAUUGGAGAGUGGAUCGAUUGUCCAGAAUCGCAUUGUUUGGGAACAGCUUUCAGAUGUAUGAGGAGCAAGUGACGUUAGACCCGGAAGUCAUCCGUGCCACCAAACGGAUCAUAGCUGCACGAAGUAUCACGAGCGAGUUUGCUAUUGAGACGGUAUCUGAUGAUUAUUUUGCAGCUUUCCAUGAUUCAAGCUGGCAUUUUUUCAGCCCUGGUAUUGAUUCAGAGCUGCCAUUGUUGGUUUCAGAGGGAUUUUAGAUCAUUGUAUCAAAUGCUAUUCGUUUCUGCAAUGCUAAUCUUUAUUUUUGUUUUUUUUUUUGUCUGUUGUUUCCUGCAUAAUCUUUUAGAGGGUACAAACCCAAUUGAACUAUUGAAGUGAUCAUUUUGCAGUCAAUAAA